AUGGGUCACAACUUGCAGGUAACCUGCAGGAGGGGUCACGACUUUGCAAGCAACCUGCAGGAGGAGUCACAACUUGCAGGCAUCCUGCAGGAGGAGUCACGACUUGCAAGCAACCUGCAGGAGGGGUCACGACUUUGCAAGCAACCUGCAGAAGGGGUCACGACUUGCAGGCAACUUGCAGGAGUUGUCACAACUUGCAGGCAACUUGCAGGAGGGGUCACAACUUGCAGGCAACCUGCAGGAGGGGUCACAACUUGCAGGCAACUUGCAGGAGGGGUCACAACUUGCAGGAAACCUGCAGGAGGGGUCACGUCUUGCAGGCAACCUGUAGGAGGGGUCACGACUUUGCAAGCAACCUGCAGGAGGGAUCACAACUUGCAGGCAUCCUGCAGGAGGAGUCACGACUUGCAGGCAACCUGCAGGAGGGAUCACGACUUUGCAAGCAACCUGCAGGAGGGGUCACAACUCUCAGGCAUCCUGCAGGAGGAGUCACGACUUGCAGGCAACCUGUCGGAGGGGUCAUGA